AUGGAUUCCGCAGAGCUCGAUCCAUUCCAGAAGAAGGUGUCCGCCGCUUUGGUGCAGGUGACCCGUACUGUUGCUCAGCUGUCGUCGGAGGACCUGGGCUUCCACCGUACCUCGAGUUCGGAGUUCACAGAGUCACUUGACGAACAAAGCGAGCGGAUUCUUGCGCUGACGUCUGCUGUGCUUAAGGCUGCUACCGCCGGGACUGACGUGGAUGCGCCGUCACUCGACACAGAAGAAUCUCUCGAGGAUAAUUGGCGGGGUGUGGUGGACGUGAUCGAUUCGCUUCUCGAAAAAGCCGAUGCUUGUUUGGAUGAGUUCACGGGCGUGAUCAAGAAAUUGAGCCCUUCACAAGAGGAGCAGGCUCCAGUGGCCAGGAAAGCACCCAAAUUCCCAACCACUUACGACUACGGACCAUCGAAAAUCCCUAAGCCGCAGUUGUUGUUCGAUCACAAGCCCGAUAACUCCGACUUGGGCCCUUUCCAUCCUCUUCUCGAGACCAAACCUCAUGCCUCCGUUCCACUCGAAAAGUCUCUGACGCAACGACAAAUUGGUGGCGUAACUGCCUACCCGCAUCCGUACGAGACCGAAAUUCGCAAUGCGCAGUACCCGAAGUCCGUUUACCAGACUGCCUCCCCGAUCAACUUCCUCUCAUUUGAGGGCACGACCGCUACGUUUGUUGAUACUUUGGAUGGAGUCAAGAAGAUGCUUGAAGAGUUGAAGCAAGCAAAGGAGAUCGCUAUUGAUCUGGAGCAUCAUGAUGUACACUCAUACCACGGUCUUGUGUCCUUGAUGCAGAUCAGCACGCGGAAUAAGGACUGGGUGGUUGAUACCCUCAAACCGUGGAGAGAAGAGCUCCAGAUGCUCAACGAAGUUUUCGCCGACCCCAAGAUUCUCAAGGUCCUGCACGGAUCCACCAUGGAUAUUAUCUGGUUGCAGCGUGACCUGGGAUUGUACGUGGUUGGCAUGUUCGAUACCUUCCAUGCCGCAUCUGCGCUGGGAUACCCCAAGAGAAGCUUAAAGUUCCUGCUUAAGAAGUUUGUUGACUUUGAAGCCGAUAAGCGGUAUCAGAUGGCGGAUUGGCGUGUUCGUCCACUUCCAUCGGGCAUGUUUGACUAUGCCCGAUCUGAUACCCACUAUCUCCUGUACAUCUACGACUGUAUGCGGAACGCACUUAUCGAGGCAUCGACUCCGGAAGAAAGUCUCAUUGAUUACGUGCAAGACCGCUCAAAGAACGAGGCUCUGCAGAGAUACGAACGUCCUGUCUACGAUGCGGAGAAGGGACAAGGUGCUGGAGGCUGGUACGAUCUGCUUUCCAGAAACCCAGGCGGUGCGCUUUCCAAAGAGCAAUUUGCCGUCUUCAAGGCCAUUCACCAGUGGCGUGACGAGGUAGCCCGUGCCGCAGAUGAGGGCUGGCAGUGCGUGUUCCCCAAGCAUAUGCUUUUCAAGCUUGCUCAAGUCAUGCCUCUUGACAUGGGAACUUUGUUGCGCACCCUCUCGCCCAUGACCCCUCUCACCAAGGAUCGAGCUGGGGAUCUGCUUAACACGAUCAAGAAGGCUGCCGCUGCCGGUGCCACAGGUCCAGAAUGGCGCGAUAUCGCACCGCCACCCAAGACUCUUCCCGUGGCUGUUGAUAUGGAAGAUGUUGACUUCCCUAUUGCUGAGCGUUACGAGACAUCUCAGUUCUGGGGCGAUGUCUUGCAACUUCAAGAGCCGUCCGCUCCGGCAUCAUACUCUGCUGUUGCAUCCCUCGAAGCUCUCCGACUUUCUCUUCCUUUGCCGCCGAUGCCUACUACCGUCUCUCAAGCUAGGGAGAAGCUUGCCGUUACGGCAAAUGCCCAGUCCUCUCCGGCUCCCAAGGCGGCCCCUGCGCCCGCUCCGGUCCCCGAAGAGCCCAAGUACUUCACUGUGAAAGACCUUGGUGGUCCACGCAAGCGAAAGGUUGCUCCGGUUGACACCCGUGACGAAGAGGCCUCUACACCCGAUAUCUUGGCUGGACCAAGCGACGAAUCAGAGAUGACCGCGAAACAACGCAAGAAACUACGCAAGGAGAAGAAAAAAGCCAAGAAGACUGCCCAGUCUGCCUCUCAAUUCGAGGCUGAGCCUUUUGAUUACAAUACUGCGGACUCAGUCCUCAAGGCGGCCCCCACAGCUGCGCCAAGCGCACAACAGAGGAAAAAGCCAUUCAAUCCCUACGUCAAGGCGUUGGACGCUCCCUCGGGUGCACGCAAGCAACAGCGGAACGACGCUGGAAAGUCUAUGACAUUCCGAGAGUAA